GGUGCCAAGGACAAUUAGCUGGAAAUGUGAAUAAUCCAUGUAUUGGGAGACGGGAUAUCCCCACGCGUUUAGACCUGCAUACUCGAGAGUCCCUACACUACUUUUUCACUGUACUCUUUCAGAGUUGGCGAAUUCGAACUGGCAGUCUAUUUGUCGCACAGAUGUAGAAGAGGAUUAAUUAGCUGCGGCGAGAAGUCGACAACUACAAUCGAAGAAGUUGGAAGUUGUUAAACUAGUUGAAUCUAGUUGGGAUGUCAUGUCCACAGUAGUAAUUACCGUACAAUCAGGUCUACGAGUGCGACCUGGCAGUUGUGCGUCAACAAUGAUGUGUGAUGACAGCGCGCCGUCACGUACCCUGCACUUUCUAAGAACAUCACAGAGGGUAGCAAGUCGGACUGCAUUUCCUUUGACCACUGUUACGCCGAGAAUUCGACGAAAUGGCAAAGAUAUAGCUGAAUAUGACUAUGACGAACUAGACAGAGCGACUGGAGGCUUUGACUCGCAGCCUGCAGCUGUCAACAGGGGAGGAUGCAAAAUUGGAGCUGGUAGGCUUGGAGAAGUAUUUGCUAGUAAACUCGUUGAUGCUUCUGGAGCAAUUCAACAAAUAGCCAUCAAGAGGCUGAAUCAGAAUGUGGCAGGGAAAAGCAGCAAGUCAGAGUUCUCAAACGAGCUGAUUGAAUUGACAAGGUGUAGUCAUCGCAAUAUAUUGUACGUCUCGUUGGUUAUUGUAUUGGUCCGAAACAGUGCCUGAUGUACGAAUAUAUGCCGGG